CACUGAGACCUCCCUCCACCGGUAACAACCGCCUGCACCUGUUCCUGCAAUCACGGCCGAUAGCCUUCUAAACAUUGGAGUCAUGGGCCAGGCAGCGACCGCCCCGGCGCCGAAAUCCUUUCGCUUCCUGGAUCUGCCAACGGAACUCCGCCUCGAGGUCUACGAACGCACUCUGCAAAUCAAGCACCAUAAGAUCAAUAUACGCCGAGGCCCGACUCACCAUGGAACCUUGCUCGCCCAGGAGUUCGACGCCGCGCGCCAUACAGGAUAUGUCACAUUGAUCAUGCGCCCGAUCCCAGUCGCCUUGCUGCGAACUUGCAAGCUUGUCUACGAAGAGGCUCACGCCAUUCUCUACAGGUCUCUCCGAAAUGAGAUCGUCGCUGAUAAUUGGUCGUCGCCCCGCAUGCUGGUCGAUCCCCGAGCCCUGCACAUGGUGGCACUGAAGCACGGAAUCGUCCAAGGAGCCUAUGAGUGGCGCGAAGAAUUGACGAGGAAUCGCUAUGCGGAUUUCAGUAGCUUCCUAGCGAUACAUGGAUAUGCAGAUGCCUACAAGGAAGGCGACCAGUCCGCUGUCGAGAAGAUCUUCAGCUUCAUAGGGCAGGCCGGACGGCUUUUACACCUCGUCUCCGAGCAUGUUGAGGGGCCCGGACACCAGGUAUCCCCCCGACGACCGCUUAUGAUGAUAGCUGUUCGGGCUCUUCCUACAGACAACGCCCGGUUGCACGAGCGUGAGGUGCGCCUCUCAGCGCGUGCCCUUCAUUGCGCGCUGCGCCUAGAGGACGCGCCUUUGCUGUCGUGGGCAAAACAUGUACAGCUGCUAUGGGACCGUCAUGAUUUGACCUUUCCAGAGGUGAACAGAAGUAAGUGGCUCAAGGAGAUGUUCCAAAUGAACCUCUCAGGCGUUGGGUUACGCAAGCGUGACAUUCUAGCAGAGGAGUGGGAGAAAGACUGGGCAGAGCGGAGCUGAUAGCAAUCUCGGAGGUUCAAUUAAGCAAUGAGGUAGAUUAGGCUGGGUGGCAUCGGGAGACUAAUGUGGAAGUCGAGCAUAUGGGGGUGUCGCACCCGUUUACGGCGUCUCCUUCGUCCAUGCGUGCCACCAAUCCGCCGAAGAAAGUUAC